AUGGGUCGGCGCGGAGGAGGAAGAGGAGCAGGAGGGGGAGGUUCGGGCGGCUGUGCUCUCCUCGCCGCCGCCUUGGUUGUCUCGACGCUCGUGAUCCAGGGUGCUGGAGGGUUGAAGCAAUCUCAUGCACCCGCUGUUGCUUGCAAAGUUCUUCUAUCCAUUACGAAUUGGCAUCCACAAAAUUACUUGGAUGAUGUACUUCAUCCAUCACAAGUACAAGAUCAAAGACUCGAACGCUUAGGCCAAGAUGUCCCAUCAUUUCAAACUGGCAAUGAACUUCCAAAUCCUCAUCUCCAUCAAGUGCCUGCUGCUUUGCCAUCUCUUCCAGUUCAACCACAUGCGCCUCAUCCUAAAAUUUCUGCUGACACUCCAACUGCUGCACCUUCUUUUCAAAAGAUGCCCUGGUUAUCAGUGACUUCACCGCCAUUGCCUGCAAUUGGCCGACGAAUGCAAAGUCCAGCAGCUUCUCCAGAAACAUCAGUUCAUCCAGCUAAACAUGGCAAGGAUCAUGGAGCUCCAGUUACAGCACCUUCAAAUGUUAGUCAUCAAAAUUCCAUGCCUGCGAAUAAUAUACAUGGAAAAACUCAUGGACCUCCAGUUGUGGCACCAGUAAAGAGAAGGCAUCACCACUUGCCUGCAAAUAAUUCGUAUGUGAAAGGACCUGCUGUUUCUCCCUCAAAGUCUCCCAUGAUCCACAGGAAAGGACAUGGCAUUGCUGCACCUCCAAAGGAACAUUCGAGCUAUUUACCACCUGCAAAUCAUAGACACCACAAAGGUUCUCCUCGUCCUGCUCCGCGUAAAAGUAACAAUACUUCUGCACCAAGCCAUGGAUAUCCUGGUAGUCCUGCACCUGCACCUGCACCUGCACCUGUACAUUUGCCUCCGUCAAAAGGAAAGGGACAAGGAAAUUCUGCUCAUGCUCCACGUCAUCCCAAUCAAUACCAUUCACCACCAUAUUCUCCAGGAUCAGCUCUACCGCCUGCGCAUCCACCUGACACUCCUGCAUUUAGAAAGCCCAAGGCUUUGGCACCAGCGCCUAGUCAAUCGCUGCUACCUCCACCAACAAAUUCAUACUGCACCUGCUCAGAUCCUCUGACCAAUAGUCCUCCAGGAAUGACAUGCCUCUGCGUGUUGCCAAUAAAAGUUGAGCUUCGCUUUGGUAUAGCAUUGUACACGUUCUUUUCACUUGUCCCUGAACUUGCACAAGAUAUUGCAUCUGGAGUGUUCAUGAAUCAAAGUCAAGUUCGUGUUAUGGGAGCAAAUGCUGCACCUGAUGACCCUGAAAAGACAAUCGUCUUUAUUGAUCUUGUGCCACUGGGACCAAAAUUUGACAACGCGACAGCAUUUUUAGUAUUUGAAAGGUUUUGUAAUAAGCAGGUCAUCAUAAACCCUGCGCAUUUUGGAAAGUAUGACGUAUUGUAUGUUCUUUACCAAGGUCUUCCUCCGUCACCACCGGCAGCAAGCAUGAACAAUGGUCUUAGCAAUGUAAAUGAUCCAAGUUUACAUCCACUUGCUGCUGAUGUGGGAAAUCAUAGAGAAAGAAAAGGCAGGGGCAUAAUUAUAAUAAUUAUUCUAUCAAGUGUAUUUGCUUUUAUUUUAUGUGCUGGAGCUGCACUGGUGGUUUAUUUCAAGCUUAGAAACCGCAGCCAUUUAACUGAAGCAUCACUUGUGCCAACAAAACCCGCAGGUCCUGGUUCUGCAAUGGUGGGGAGCAGGCUAGAAAGCAGACCUAUUUCGGCAUCACCAUCCUUCAGCUCAAGUUUGGUGGCAUAUAAAGGAUCUGCCAAAACGUUUAACCUGGUUGAGAUGGAGAGAGCUACACUAGGAUUUGAUGAGUCCAGAAUUAUUGGUGAGGGUGGUUUUGGGCGGGUCUAUGAAGGUAUUCUUGAAGAUGGAGAACGGGUUGCUAUCAAGGUUUUAAAGCGGGACGAUCAGCAAGGUACCCGGGAGUUUUUGGCUGAGGUUGAGAUGCUUAGCCGAUUGCAUCAUAGGAACUUGGUUAAGCUGAUAGGUAUAUGCACAGAGGGGCAUAGCCGAUGUUUGGUAUAUGAGCUUGUUCCAAAUGGCAGUGUGGAAUCUCACUUGCAUGGAUCAGAUAAGGGAGCUGCUCGGUUUGAUUGGGACGCUAGGCUCAAAAUUGCACUUGGUGCAGCCCGUGCACUUGCAUAUUUGCAUGAAGAUUCAAGUCCACGUGUCAUACACCGUGAUUUCAAGUCCAGUAACAUCUUAUUGGAACAUGACUUCACCCCAAAGGUGUCAGACUUUGGCUUAGCAAGGACAGCUUUGGGUGAGGGAAACGAGCAUAUUUCAACUCGUGUUAUGGGAACUUUUGGGUAUGUUGCUCCUGAAUAUGCAAUGACUGGGCAUCUUCUUGUAAAGAGUGAUGUUUACAGCUACGGUGUUGUUCUUCUUGAGCUCCUUACAGGGAGGAAACCGGUAGAUAUGUUAAGACCUGCUGGACAAGAAAACUUAGUCGCAUGGGCUGGUUCUCUUCUGACAAGCAGGGAUGGUCUGGAAUCAAUCAUAGAUCCUUCACUUGGGAGCAGCAUUCCAUUUGACAGCAUCGCAAAAGUAGCAGCCAUUGCUUCUAUGUGUGUUCAGCCUGAGGUGGAUCAGCGCCCAUUCAUGGGUGAAGUAGUUCAAGCUCUAAAGUUGGUAUGCAAUGAAGGCAGCGAGUUCAAUGAAUCCACAAGCUUUAGCCAAGAUUUGCAUAUCCAAGAUGUUGAGGCUAUGAGUAGAGCAAGUAUGGAUAUAGACGUUGACCCAACGCUAUCUGCCGAGCUGUUCACUUCAUCAGCGCGUUAUGAUGCUACGGAUGUGUCUGGUUCUUUCCGAAGAUACUCAAGUUCAGGUCCUCUAAGAGUAGGGAGAGCUGGAUUCAACAAAGAGAGGGGCCUGUCAACAGGCAGCUCAAGCGAACACGUUGGGCUACAAAGGUUUAGGAUUGAUUCAGAAUAG